ACUAUACAAUAAACUGGAACAAACCUCAGGUUUUUCAACCACUAUUCUCUCCCCCUCACACACAUCCACAAACACCCCACCCCUCCAACACACAGCCCUUUAGCUCCAGAACAUUUAACAUUAACGGUCGGUCCCUUUACGUUUGACUUCUGUUUGUAGGAUCUAAUCUCCAAGUGGCCGAGAUGUUGGCGUGUGUUCUGCUGAUAGGAAUGCUCCUCGUGGCUCUCAGGACUUUUACCACCAUGAUCUUAAACCAACGACGUCCUCAUCGUGUAGCUGUCCAAGAGACAAUGCAAACGUCCCAGCCCCAUGGUCAGCUGGUCUGUGGGUGACUGGGGGGUCAGACUGAAGUGACCCCUGUACUCAGCUGACCACUGGGGAAGUUCUGGAAUGACCUGCACCUUGUUGGAAUGCAUGGACUGGUUAGGACAUGGCCAUUGGGAGAUCUUUCAAUACUUAACCAUGAACUUUUGUUUAGUAUGCAAUUUGCGUACCAGUUGUAUCUGCUGAUUACUAAUACCUUUCAUGAACUUGUCACAAUCCCAUAAAUGUAUUUCACAUGUCCUCUGAAACCUCUAGGUUCAUGCAAAUGAACCUUUUUAAUAUCGAUCUCUGAACUGUUCUCACAAGAUUUUGUCUAUUAGAUGUCGGCAAAUGGGUUUCCUGAAAAUAUUUUAAGAAUUGUCGCCAUGGUAGCGAUAUGGAAUUAUCAUUUUAACCACAAGUCAUGUGUAUCAUGUAUGUGCCUAUACAGGAUAUGCUUCACGGGUAUCAGUCUUUGUUACCGUCAUAAUGUAUGUGGUGUGUAAGGGGGACAUAUGUUAUUUUUGGCGUAUUGAGUGUCUGUAUUUCCUUUCCUAUGUUGCGGAAAUACAUUGCCAUACGAAAAUGAAAAAUGACCAGACUAAGGCCGUAGACUCGAAUAACCAUUAACUGGACAAGGAAAUCACCACUGAAUAGGGACAGUUGCAUCUCCGAUGGUAUAUUGUUUUUCCAAGACCUUCAGGAAAUGCCCAAAGGGAGCUAGUCUUGAAUAAAAUAGAAAGAUUCUCGACCGGUCAAAAAUAAGACAUCAAAUCAAAAACUGCAAGGUGAGAAUUCCCAUCGUCUUUGGAAAGUGCGAUUCUGUCCUUUAACCAAAAUAAAUAAUCGGGAGAAAAUAUUUUAGUGCAAUACUAAAGAUACGAAUACAAAUUUGUGCACAGACAUUUCACCGAGAGAUCUGUUAAGGGUGAAACUGGAACAUGUAUUCUGUGAACUAGAGGCUGGCUGAAGACGUGAUGCAUGUAUAUUUUGAAUGUAAACAUGUUAGCUCAUGUAACUCAGUUGGUAAUAACAAAUCUUUAAGAUGGAUCAAGUUCAAGUUUAGUUUGAUCUUUUCUGGACGCUCCUGAAAAUAACCCACGGAUGUACUUGUUUUAAAUGCAACCAAGGAUGAAAUAUUUCAGUCUACUAUGAACCUAUUUCAAACGGACGCUAUUAUUUUUCAGACUUUAUUCACGAAAGUAAAUUAUUCAUAUUUUCAUCCGAGAAACAUUACAAUGUAGUUCAUGUGUGUUUAAUGUGUCAAAACGUGUAUGGGAUUUAUAGCUUCAUGUCCUUAGUUUUAGUGCUGUACCCUGCUUCAGACGACGUAUGGAGACGUGUCUUUAUACUAUAUGCUUACCGUUUUCUUGUGCAACCAAGUGAAUGAAUGCUACCUUGUGCUGUAAUUAUUCAUAUCCUGGCAGACUGUAUACAAGCGAAUCUCAGGCAACCGAGUGUGCGAAUGUUACCUUUUGUCGCAGUCGGGUACAUCAUGGGAGCCUGUAUAUAAGCGAGUGUCAGGCAACCGAGUGAAUGAAUGUUACCUUGUGUCGCAGUCGGGUACAUCAUGGCAGCCUGUAUAUAAGCGAGUGCCAGGCAACCGAGUGAAUGAAUGUUACCUUGUAUCGCAGUCGGGUACAUCAUGGCAGCCUGUAUAUAAGCGAAUGUCAGGCAACCGAGUGAAUGAAUGUUACCUUUUGUCGCGGUCGGGUACAUCAUGGGAGCCUGUAUAUAAGCGAGUGCCAGGCAACCGAGUGAAUGAAUGUUACCUUUUGUCGCAGUCAGGUACAUCAUGGCAGCCUGUAUAUAAGCGAGUGCCAGGCAACCGAGUGAAUGAAUGUUACCUUGUGUCGCAGUCAGGUACAUCAUGGCAGCCUGUAUAUAAGCGAGUGCCAGGCAACCGAGUGAAUGAAUGUUACCUUGUGUCGCAGUCGGGUACAUCAUGGCAGCCUGUAUAUAAGCGAGUGCCAGGCAACCGAGUGAAUGAAUGUUACCUUGUGUCGCAGUCGGGUACAUCAUGGCAGCCUGUAUAUAAGCGAGUGCCAGGCAACCGAGUGAAUGAAUGUUACCUUGUGUCGCAGUCGGGUACAUCAUGGCAGCCUGUAUAUAAGCGAAUGUCAGGCAACCGAGUGAAUGAAUGUUACCUUGUGUCGCAGUCGGGUACAUCAUGGGAGCCUGUAUAUAAGCGAGUGCCAGGCAACCGAGUGAAUGAAUGUUACCUUGUGUCGCAGUCGGGUACAUCAUGGCAGCCUGUAUAUAAGCGAGUGCCAGGCAACCGAGUGAAUGAAUGUUACCUUGUAUCGCAGUCGGGUACAUCAUGGCAGCCUGUAUAUAAGCGAGUGCCAGGCAACCGAGUGAAUGAAUGUUACCUUGUGUCGCAGUCGGGUACAUCAUGGCAGCCUGUAUAUAAGCGAGUGCCAGGCAACCGAGUGAAUGAAUGUUACCUUGUGUCGCAGUCGGGUACAUCAUGGCAGCCUGUAUAUAAGCGAGUGCCAGGCAACCGAGUGAAUGAAUGUUACCUUGUGUCGCAGUCGGGUACAUCAUGGGAGCCUGUAUAUAAGCGAGUGCCAGGCAACCGAGUGAAUGAAUGUUACCUUGUGUCGCAGUCGGGUACAUCAUGGAAGCCUGUAUAUAAGCGAAUAUCAGGCAACCGAGUGAAUGAAUGUUACCUUGUGUCGCAGUCGGGUACAUCAUGGCAGCCUGUAUAUAAGCGAAUAUCAGGCAACCGAGUGAAUGAAUGUUACCUUGUGUCGCAGUCGGGUACAUCAUGGGAGCCUGUAUAUAAGCGAGUGCCGGGCAACCGAGUGAAUGAAUGUUACCUUGUGUCGCAGUCAGGUACAUCAUGGCAGCCUGUAUAUAAGCGAGUGCCAGGCAACCGAGUGAAUGAAUGUUACCUUGUGUCGCAGUCGGGUACAUCAUGGGAGCCUGUAUAUAAGCGAGUGCCGGGCAACCGAGUGAAUGAAUGUUACCUUGUGUCGCAGUCAGGUACAUCAUGGGAGCCUGUAUAUAAGCGAGUGCCAGGCAACCGAGUGAAUGAAUGUUACCUUGUGUCGCAGUCGGGUACAUCAUGGGAGCCUGUAUAUAAGCGAAUAUCAGGCAACCGAGUGAAUGAAUGUUACCUUGUGUCGCAGUCGGGUACAUCAUGGCAGCCUGUAUAUAAGCGAGUGCCAGGCAACCGAGUGAAUGAAUGUUACCUUGUGUCGCAGUCGGGUACAUCAUGGCAGCCUGUAUAUAAGCGAGUGCCAGGCAACCGAGUGAAUGAAUGUUACCUUGUGUCGCAGUCGGGUACAUCAUGGGAGCCUGUAUAUAAGCGAAUAUCAGGCAACCGAGUGAAUGAAUGUUACCUUGUGUCGCAGUCGGGUACAUCAUGGCAGCCUGUAUAUAAGCGAGUGCCGGGCAACCGAGUGAAUGAAUGUUACCUUGUGUCGCAGUCGGGUACAUCAUGGCAGCCUGUAUAUAAGCGAGUGCCAGGCAACCGAGUGAAUGAAUGUUACCUUGUGUCGCAGUCGGGUACAUCAUGGCAGCCUGUAUAUAAGCGAGUGCCAGGCAACCGAGUGAAUGAAUGUUACCUUGUGUCGCAGUCAGGUACAUCAUGGCAGCCUGUAUAUAAGCGAAUGUCAGGCAACCGAGUGAAUGAAUGUUACCUUGUGUCGCAGUCAGGUACAUCAUGGCAGCCUGUAUAUAAGCGAGUGCCGGGCAACCGAGUGAGCGAAUGUUACCUUGUGUCGCAGUCAGGUACAUCAUGGCAGCCUGUAUAUAAGCGAGUGUCAGGCAACCGAGUGAAUGAAUGUUACCUUGUGUCGCAGUCAGGUACAUCAUGGCAGCCUGUAUAUAAGCGAGUGCCAGGCAACCGAGUGAAUGAAUGUUACCUUGUGUCGCAGUCAGGUACAUCAUGGCAGCCUGUAUAUAAGCGAGUGCCAGGCAACCGAGUGAAUGAAUGUUACCUUGUGUCGCAGUCGGGUACAUCAUGGCAGCCUGUAUAUAAGCGAGUGCCAGGCAACCGAGUGAAUGAAUGUUACCUUGUGUCGCAGUCAGGUACAUCAUGGCAGCCUGUAUAUAAGCGAGUGCCAGGCAACCGAGUGAAUGAAUGUUACCUUGUGUCGCAGUCGGGUACAUCAUGGCAGCCUGUAUAUAAGCGAAUGUCAGGCAACCGAGUGAAUGAAUGUUACCUUUUGUCGCGGUCGGGUACAUCAUGGGAGCCUGUAUAUAAGCGAGUGCCAGGCAACUGAGUGAAUGAAUGUUACCUUUUGUCGCAGUCAGGUACAUCAUGGCAGCCUGUAUAUAAGCGAGUGCCAGGCAACCGAGUGAAUGAAUGUUACCUUGUGUCGCAGUCAGGUACAUCAUGGCAGCCUGUAUAUAAGCGAGUGCCAGGCAACCGAGUGAAUGAAUGUUACCUUGUGUCGCAGUCAGGUACAUCAUGGCAGCCUGUAUAUAAGCGAGUGCCAGGCAACCGAGUGAAUGAAUGUUACCUUGUAUCGCAGUCGGGUACAUCAUGGCAGCCUGUAUAUAAGCGAAUGUCAGGCAACCGAGUGAAUGAAUGUUACCUUGUGUCGCAGUCGGGUACAUCAUGGCAGCCUGUAUAUAAGCGAGUGCCGGGCAACCGAGUGAAUGAAUGUUACCUUGUGUCGCAGUCGGGUACAUCAUGGCAGCCUGUAUAUAAGCGAAUGUCAGGCAACCGAGUGAAUGAAUGUUACCUUGUGUCGCAGUCGGGUACAUCAUGGGAGCCUGUAUAUAAGCGAGUGCCAGGCAACCGAGUGAAUGAAUGUUACCUUGUGUCGCAGUCGGGUACAUCAUGGC